AUGGGGUGGUGUGACCUGGAUGAAGAUUUCCUCGAACUGUCCCAAAAAAGUGCAGAUUCCGUGGAGGCUGCAGAAGCCGCUCGGCUAAGUGACGGAGGUUCGGACUGUGAGCCGGCUCAGCCUGAAUUUGGGAGUGGCAGCAAUGGAUGCUGGAGCGGCAGUGGAAGUGGAUCUGGCGAUCAAAGUCCUUGGUGGGUUGAGCUUUUGAAGGACAGCACUGCUCACCUACGUACUCACGAGUCGCCAGCGACAGGGCCAAUGACGAUCGUGUCUGGUUGCAGUGGCAUGCUCGCAGAAGCAUUCGUGCUCCAGGCCUGGGCUUAA